AUGGACCUCCAUAGGAUUCGAAAGAAUUAUGUCUAUUCUGAUUUUAUGCUUGAUUUCAUUGUACCAUUGGAGAAGCACUUUUCUAGUCGUGUCCUUAAGGGGUAUUGCUUACUUGGAUACCCUUAUAUAGCAAAGGUGGAAAGCAAGAAGCCUGAAGAGGGCCAGUUCUACUUGGGAACCACUCUUUGCAGAUUUGGGAUUGCAGAGUUUUCCGUAGUCACCGAGCUGAAUUUUGGGAACACCCCGUCCCCAGAUGAGUUGAGAAAGCAUCUUUCAAGUGAUCGGGUCAUCGCAAAAUACUUUAAUGGUGAUACUCUAAGCAUUGAAGCUCAAAGCAUUGCCAUGGCUGAGGCUCUAGUUUCUGGUCUCAUAAAGGAGCUUGUUUCACUCGCUUUUCAAGGACUUAAUGAAGAGGUAAGACUGGUGAAGGACGUGGAUGAAGAUGUUCAACAGCUGAAGACCAAUCUCGAAGCUAUUCAUGCUGUGCUCGAAGAUGCGGAAAGAAGACAAUUUUCUGAUCAAAGCGUGAGAAAAUGGGUGGAUAGGCUGAAAGAUGUGUCGUUCGACAUGGAUAACGUGUUGGAUGAGUGGAGCACUGCUAUUUUGAAACUCAAAAUAGAUCAGAAACAACAAGGUGAACAUGCUUCUUCUUCUCGAACUAGCAUUAAUGAGAAGGUAUGCCUCUCUAUUCCAUCACCUUUUUCUUGUUUCAAAUCCAAAGUUAAUCGAAUUACUCUGCGUCAUGACAUCGCUCACAAAAUCAAAGGCCUCAAUAAAAAGCUAGAUAGGAUUGCUAGAGAGAAAGAUAGGUUUCAACUUAGCACAACAACCUUAGAGCAACCUAUGGAGCGACCUAGGACAACCUCGUUUGUUAUUGAAACUGACGUGUUUGGGCGAAAUAAUGAUAAGGACAAGUUGGUUAGUAGGUUGUUAGCUGAGGAUAGUUGUACUCAUCAGGAUCAAACCUUCAAUAUUAUUCCUAUUAUAGGUAUGGGGGGAAUGGGGAAGACUACUCUAGCCCAGUUGGUGUAUAAUGAUAAGAAGGUCAAGGAUCACUUCGAUCUUAGAAUUUGGGUAUGUGUUUCGGAACCAUUUGAAGAGAUUAAGAUUGCAAAAGCCAUUGUUGAAUCCAUUGAAGGUAGUGCCCCAAAUAUCAAUGAAUUAGAAAACUUGCUCCAAUAUAUGCAUAAGUGUAUCGAAGGAAAGAGGUAUCUUCUUAUCUUGGAUGAUGUGUGGACUGAGGAUAGGCAGAAGUGGGAGCAAUUAAGGAUUCCUUUGAAGUAUGGUGGUGUGGGAAGUAGAAUACUUGUAACUACAAGGAAAAAGGAAGUUGUUGUUGUAAUGGAAGUCACAGCGGAGAGCGUGAUUACAUUGGAGGAGCUGUCUGAAGAGCAUUGUUGGAGAAUAUUUAAGAAACUUGCAUUCUUUGAAAGAAAUGAGGAUGAGUGUCGUGUACUAGAAGAAGUUGGUCAAAAAAUUGCUAGAAAGGCCAAGGGUUCACCUCUUGUUGCAAAAAUUUUGGGAAGUCUCAUGUGCUUUAAAAAGACCAAAACUCAAUGGGAGGAUGUUCUAAGUAGUGAAUUGUGGCAAUCCAAGGAUUUUGAAAACAUCUUUACUCCUUUCUUCUUAAGUUAUUAUGACUUGUCCGCAAAAGAAAAACGAUGUUUCUCGUAUUGUUCAAUAUUUCCAAAGGAUUAUGAAUUUGUCAGAGAUCAAUUGGUUGGGAUGUGGAUGUCGCAAAGUUUUGUAGGAUGUGGCAAUAACUCAAAAAAAGAAGGUCAUGAUUGUUUUGAAACUUUAGUCAUGAGAUCCUUCUUUCAAGAUUUUAGAAAAGAUCUUGAUGGCGUUAUCACCCGUUGCAAGAUGCAUGACAUAGUGCAUGACUUUGCUCAAUUUUUGACAAGUGAUGAAUGUGUCACUUUGGUAGUUGAUGACAAUAUUGAAGAGGAGUUGAAACUACUUGAUGAAAAGGCUCGUCAUUUGUGCUUGGAAGUCGGAGCUGGCACAAAAGUUCCUGUCAUGAAAUACAAAGGAAUGAAUCAAAAGAAUCUUCGCUCCUUACUUGUUUUGCCAUACACAGGAACUACUAUUAGUGAUGAUGCAUCACUGUUCUCAGAUCUUGUAUUCCUUCGAACAUUAACUUUGAGAAGAUGUGGGAUCAAGAAAUUACCAAAGAGUAUUGGAAAUUUGUUACAUUUGAGAUAUCUGAAUUUAGUCGGCAAUGGAGUAUUGGAAGAAUUACCAGAGACUUUAUGUGACCUGUGUAAUUUGCAAACUCUAAAUUUGUCAUAUUGCUCUUCACUUUCAAGGCUACCAGAAAGGAUGGAGAAACUACUAAAUUUAAAACAUCUCUAUUUAAGGGAGUGUUUUAAAUUAAAAGGACUCUCAAAAGGUAUUGGUAAUUUGACUUGCCUUCAAACAUUAGAUAUGUUGGCUAUUCCUAACGAUGAGAAUAAGAAUAAAGGAGAAUAUUUUGAUAUACAGGAUUUAGAAAAAAUGAAGAGCCUUCGAUUUAGUAAUGUGUUUCAAAUAAAGGAUUGUGGAAAUAUAAAAAAUGUGGAGGAUGCAAAGAAAAUAGAUUUGAAAAAAAAUGACCAAAUUUCUUUUUUAAUUCUUGAUUUUGGAAGGAUUGAAGAUCAAAAUAAUGAAUUUGGAGAUGAUAUAAAGAUAUUCGAAGCUUUGGAGCCACACACAAACUUGAAAAUGUUACGCAUUGAGGAUUUCAUGGGGGCCAGCUUGUCUCCACGCCCCAAAUGGUUGAUGUCAUUGGUUAAUCUAAAACAAAUAUGCCUCUACUCUUGUGUGAAUUGUGAGAUCUUACCUUCUUUUGGAAAGCUGCCAGUUCUCGAGAAGCUAUCCGUAAGUGGCAUGAAUAAUGUAAAAAAGUUGGGCCUUGAAUUCUAUGGAAUAGAAGAGAAAAAAGACCAAGAAGAUGGGGACACAGAAAUGGAUAGAGUAAAAGUGGGAAUGGAGCAACAUUACAUCAACAAUAAGAAUAAUGCCAUGUCUAAUGCACUUGGAAUUUUGGAAAUGUCCGAGUCUACAAGAACUACCUCAGUUUUUGCAAACAAUAACCUCACUCAAACAAUUAUCCAUACGUAA